GAACCGGGAGAACCGCCGAGAAUUGCCGUCAAGUGUGCGCUCCGUAAGCAUAAGAGCAAUCGUAAGCCUCGAACCCCUUUCACGACUCAACAACUCUUAGCACUCGAACGCAAAUUCCGGACAAAACAAUACCUUUCGAUCGCAGAGAGGGCUGAGUUCUCCAGUAGUCUCAAUCUCACUGAGACUCAGCGAUUAAAAGAAGCCGAGUUAGAGAAGCUGCGUUUGGCCGCCAGACCCUUCCCGGCGGCGGCCUUUGGGUUCGGUCUGCACGGCGGCGGACCGUUUGGUUUCAACGGCAAUAUGGGCUCUGGAGGUCCACCGCCCGCUCACUUGAGUUCAGGCGCCGCUGGCUUUAUGCUCGCCGCCGCCCAAAGGGGUCCUCUCUUUAAUCACAUUGCAAACAUUGCCACUCCGUAUCCCAUCUACUCUUCAGGACCGAUCACAUCAUCGGCCGGCCCUUUGCUCACCAAUUCUGCACCUAAUAUGUCGACGUCUUGUCCUUAACUCUACUCAAC